CGGUGGCGGGUGGGGAGAGGGCGGAGCGUGGGCCGUGGUCCCCCGCCAUGGCCAAGCACGUUUUUCUCACGGGACCCCCAGGGGUUGGAAAGACUACUUUGAUCCAGAAAGUCACUCAAGCUCUAAAAUCCUCAGGCGUUCCUGUUGAUGGAUUUUACACCGAGGAAGUUAGAGAAGGUGGCAGGAGAACAGGAUUUGAUGUUGUCACUUUGUCUGGAGAACGAGGACCUUUAUCUAGAGUCAGUUCUGAUUCUUCUACUUCAAGACGUGAAUAUCGGGUCGGACAAUAUGUUGUAGACCUUGUUUCAUUUGAGCAGUUGGUUCUACCGAUGCUGAGAAAUGUAAACCAUGGCAAUGAUGCAGAGAAAAAAAUUUGUGUCAUAGAUGAGAUUGGUAAAAUGGAGCUCUUCAGCCAGGCUUUUAUUCAAGCUGUUCGUCAAACGCUGACUUGUUCGGGGACCAUGGUGCUUGGAACUAUUCCAAUACCUAAGGGAAAGCCACUGGAUCUUGUUGAAGAAAUAAGAAGUAGGAAAGAUGUUAAAGUGUUCAAUGUUAGUAAGGAAAACAGAAACAGCAUUUUGCAAGACAUCUUGGCAGCUGUAGAAUCCUGCAGAAAAUGAAGACCUUUUCUUGCCGUUAAACACAAAAGGUUUUAUUUUAACAGAACAUUACAAUAUUUUGCGGAUGUUUUGGAGCCUGUCCUUCCUGCUUUAGCCCCUGGAGGCUUCACUGGAGCCUUCUGGGUAAGCAAGGUAAAGCUGGUAAAUACUCUAAAAUGUGAAAAUGAGAUAGCAGGAUUCUUGUUUAUUAGUUCACAAGCUGAUCCAUUCAGAAAAUUGAACGGAUGUGUAGUUAACGUCCAGUUCUAAUCUGGGUAUUUGGGAGUUAGGCGGUCUGACUCUGGUCUUAGUUACACCAAGUAAAAGCAAUUAACUGUCAAA